UCAGCUGAUUGGUUGUUUCGCAUAUUCUGCUGAAUUGUGAUUGGCUAGCACCUCUUGAGCGAAAAUUAAACCAGACGUUAGAGCUAUUCAGCGAUCACUGUCUGGCUUGUUUGAGUUUCGUUACGUUACGUUUGUAGCCUGGUUGGCCGGACGCCGUUUAUAAGAUGGGAGAUAUAGCAGAGAUUCAUAUAACACCCGAGACUCCUGGAAGACCCGCUAUCCUGAACCCGUUUGAGAGCCCAAACGACUAUCAUCGUCUGCAUGAGCCCCUGGUGCCCAGCCCGUCGGUGUUCAAGAGCUCCAAGAGCUCCUCAGCGACACCAGCCAAGUUCAAAUGGUCCAUCGAUGAAAUGGCAAAUUUACUUCCUGUGGAAAUAGACUCAGAGGACAUUCACCGCCAGGCUAUGUUUCUGAGCCAAACCAGGGCAGAUGCUGAGAUUGAGGAAAAACGGCAACAUGCUAUUGAACAGUUUUUCACUAAAGGUGCAAUUGUUCCCUCUCCAUGGGGACCACCAGCAGCUAAACCAUCAGUAAAAAUGCCACAUCAGAAAAGUUCUUUGUCCCCACUGGUAACAGAUGACAUUCAGUCAUCAAAGAAAAUAAAUGCCAUCUGUCAGACGGUCUUGUCUCUACCUGUGGACUUCAAUCUCGAAAAAGUUCUGGGUGAUUACUACAAGACAGAAGAGCUAACCGAACAGGUGCAGGAGAGCCUUAGCUCCUCUUCUUUGCGGCGGAAGCUGUUUCUUGAUGGCCAUGACAGUGGCUCUGAGUCCUCUACCCCUUCCAGCCCAGACAGAUAUUCCCAUAAUGUUCCUCCCAGCAGUCGAGAGAUGGUGUCUUCUGUUAUUGUCUCUCCACUUCAGUGUGGCAUUCCAACUGGGACACCCUUGUCUGGCCAGUUUUCAUCCAGUCCCAUCCAAGGCCAGGGUCGAGCAUACAGUCUGGGCAGUGUCGCAAGUCCCAUGUUUUCAGAGAAAUCGUCACCUGCUUUCACGUCUCCUAUUCUGUCGCCCAUCAGACUUCAACAUUCUGUGACGCCUGUAUCAGUCUUUGCCAUGCGUUCUCGAGAGUACCACGACACAUGCAUGUGA